AUGAACAGCGUUUACGCAAGUGCGCCUCGAGAAAGUUCAGUAGUUGGAGUUAAACAUCAUGAAAAGGGCGGCCCACCUUCUUCCUCCUUGACUACAACAAAUCCCCACUUCAACUCCAACUCGAAUUCGAUUUCCAAUUCGUCUAGUGGUACUAGUCGCUUUGUUAAUGGCAAUGAUUUCAUAACAUAUAUAAUACCCGAUUUCAACGCUGUCAAGUAUUUCCAAAAAGAUUUUGUUACUUCAAAUGAAUUUUAUAUUAUUGAGGAAUCGGAGGUGAAUGGGUUUGAGUUGUAUUUGGUGGAACAGUGGGUUAUAAACCGUAAUAUUGCUACCGUUGUUACCACUUAUACCGGAAAUGAGCAGUCAAAAAUAAGCGUGGUAAGGUUUACAAUCAUUAAAAAACCCACAAAGUACUAUCCCAUCCGAUUCCAAGAAUACUUGAAUGAAAUAGUUUUGAAUCACUCCAAAAUGAAAACCGUAGACAAGGCAGAUAAGGAAAAGGCAGAUAAGGAAAAGUUAGGUACAGAAAAGCCAGGCACGGAAAGCCGAUCAGAUAGCGCUAAUGAGCUUCUCACUAUAUCGAAAUUAUCAACCGAGCUGUCAACUUUAGCGCCAACGGUAAAGAAAAACAAGUCCUCUUCAGACUAUGUCAACGAAGUUUGUUUUGUCACAAAUUUGGCAUCAUUGCCGUCAAACUUGAACUUGAUUCCAGUGCCGCAUGGAGAUACUAGGAAACUUGAAGCUCCAUUUAUAAUAAACUACGAUUUGAAAAAAUUGCAAUGCACAGGACGUUCAGCGUCUUUGGCCACGGACAGGAUCUCUGACGCCAACGAAGCUAAAUUUCGUCAAGUAUACAAAAUCUACAACAUUAAAGUACCUAUCAAAUUUGCCGUGCGUGAGCUUGUGAAUUUGAUUCAAACAUGUUUGUUUUAUUUUGAUUUGUUAGAUGGAAGAUACUGCACAGGCUUGCUCUGCGUUAAAACCGAGGAGGCAAUAGUUAAUUGGUGGAAUUUGAUAGGGCUCCCCCAUUUCAACACUAAACCUGAUCCUAGAAAUGGGAUUUUACCUUCGCAGACAGUGGCGGCAAUAAUAAGUUUAAUUCUUAGUAUUAGAUUGAGAUUACUAAUAGUUGGUGUAUCUGAUACUCCCAAAGACCCCUUUGAUUUUGAAACUUUUAUGCUAGCAAUAGGCCUAUUUCAGAGACAGAACAAGAUGGACAAGACUAGAAAAUUGGAUAUGGAAACUUUGAAUAAACUAUUCACAAUCACAAACUCAAAGUUGAUGCCAGAAAAAGGGUCCAACUAUUUUUAUAACUCGACUUUUGUUCCAGGUGAGGCAGGCACUCACCAUGAGUAUGACCUUAUGACAUCAUCAUCAUCAUCAUCACCACAGCAAAAUUUCGGUUACAGUUCACUGUCCCAUUUUUCACCCGGGGCCGGGGCCACAUCAAAGCGUUUAUAUGGGAAAAAAGAGUUGAAAAAAAUGGCCAAUGUCAUGAAAACCACGGUCCAAGAUCAUAUUAAUGCUGCGAGUACUCGGGAUUCUGACGAGAUGCAAAUGCCAAAGAAGCCCUCUGGAGGCCGAAUACGAAGUAAAAUUGCCAAGUUGGCCGAUAACGUUAGUCCAUUGGAUGUUGAGAAUCUUGAUUUGGAGGUGUUGGUGAAGCAUUAUUUGGUAGGUAAAACAUUGAUACGGUUAUUUUGGGGUGCACAAACAAACAAUGCAUUGAUAAUGAAUGAUGAUGGUGGUGGCCUAAGUGGUGGUGGUGGUGGGUUAGGUGGUGGUGGUUUAGGUAGUAGUAGUAGUAGUGGAGGAGAUCCUAAUGGACGAUUAAGAGUCAGCGAAAUUUCGCAUCAUAGACGUGGGGGGAAACAACUUGAUGAAAGCCCUUCUCCCUUGUAUGCAUUUGAAAGUCUCAGGGAUAAAAUUAUAUCAAAUCACAAUAUCCAAUUAAGUGGUGAUAAUUCAAAAUAUUCACUAGGUUUGUCUCGAAGGUUUGGUUUGCCAAGCAGCAAAAAAAGCAUGAGUGACGGAAAGCCAGCUUCGUUUUCGUCUUCUUCUCAUUUGGAAGUAAAUGGUGGACCCGACAAUUACAGGUCUUUGAAUACGUCGUCCGUUGUUGACUCCUUUUUACAGCUAGCUAAUGAUAACUCAUCAUGUGCAGAAAGUGAAUGUUCUAUUACCAAGAAACCAUUUGAUGCCAAUUCUGCUCAAAACUUGUUAAAAGUCAAUCACCCCUUGUUCCAAUUUAAGCGCAAUUUGAACAGAAGAAACUCGUGGCCAUUUGUAUUAAACAAGUAUGAAGAGAAUUUGAACACUUUGGUACAGUUUAAAGACAAGAAUGCGGUUAAUCCAGAAUUGGUACAAUAUUGUGUAACGAGACCUAGAAGUGCCAGUACUUCAUUACUUCAAAAUAAACUUCUUUCUUCACUGGACGUCUCGGUAGCAACUAUGGCCAAAUUCUCACAAAAGUAUUUAGAUAAUAUUGACUCAUUGAUGAAGUAUGAGAAUUUAAGGAACCACUAUUUUUAUGGAACGAGCGACAAUGAACAAGUUAUUUCUAAUGUUCAACUUGGAAAAUCUUUCUGUUCGUUGAAUGUCGAUUUGAUGAAGUUGAAAAAUUUGAAAAAUCAAAUGAAUGCAAAUAAAGUGCGUAUCAUGGAGGAAGGAGUAGUUGAACAUCUUCAAUACAACUUGCGUACGUUGUUUAGUACUGUUGAUCGUUUAAAUUACGAAACUAGAAUUGUUACGAAAAAAAUGAAUGAGUUGGAAGAAAACUUUAAAGUUUUUGAGCUAAAGUUGAAAGAUGGUUGUCAGAAUAAGAUGAAUAAGAUGAUUAAUUUGUUAUUGGUACUGAAGGACUUUAAGGAAGUAUAUCCCGAUUUGUCUGAGCGCAAAAAGAUUGCCUUUCAACUAACUGGCGAUGAAACCUAUUCAAGAUUCAAUGAAGAGGCUGAGACGAUGAGUUUCAUUAGACACGUUGUGGUUUUUUUUUAUGAUAUACUUGUGGCCAUUUUGCAGUGGUUUAAGUUUGAGAGGACUCAUAUGAAUCUUGAGAGAAUCAGAGAGAGCUGGAUCCAGUUGGAUCCUUCAAAAUCGCUCAUCAAGAAGACUUAUACGUAUCUUGGAAGAGAGCCUUCUAGUGAUAGUAUUGCCUCUGUUGAAUGA